AUGGCAAGCGAAGCAGACAACUCAGUUCAAAGUAAGACUAGUGAAAACACUAAGAGCAGUAAAGCUAAUUUGGAUAGUGGCAAGAAUGGCGGGGAUCGCAUCUUGUUUGAGUCUUUAGUGGAUAAUGAAAAAGAAUAUCUUAAAAACAACCUUAGGUCAUCACUGUUUGAGGAUGAAAGAACAUACAGCUAUCCAUGCUCCGUAUUCUGCCGAUGGUUGGUAAAGCAAUUUGAGAGAAUUCAUACGCAUGCACCCUCUGCUACACUACUCUACAAUCUUGAAUUUCUAGACAGAAAGACAAAGGCAAAAGGACUAUUUGAUUGCAAUGGCUCAGAUGAGAAAAAGGAAGCUUACCUAAGCAAUAUUAUUAAAUGCAAGGAGCAAAAGUACAAGGACGAUAUGGACAUCCAUGCCUUAGCUUCCGCAUCCAAGACAUAUAUCAAAAAUCACAUCAAGUUCUUCGAUGCACAAAUUGUUGGAAGACUAAAUGAGCUGUACCAAAGUGACUCAAACCGAAAUGACAGGCUGUUUUUCAUGGAAAGACUCCCGUUCAUUAUGAUGAAUAGGACCGUUUUCAGACUCAUCAAAGGGCUUGUCCUUAAACUCGAUGCAAAUAAAAAAGAAACUGGUAUGAGUUUAGAUAAAUCAAUUAAAGCGUGGAGCAACGCGAUAAUCCCGUGCGAAGUUCAUGAAGAGAAGAGAGAAGCAGUAUUAAAAGAUAUCCUCAAUGCAGAGUUUGACUAUGUUCCGCUUGGCUUUUAUGAUUAA